CUGCAGGAGGAGGAAGCCCUGGCGAGGAACCUCUUGUGUGUGACAGACAGACGUUCCUUGUCCACUCAGCCUCGCACAAACAAACCCCAGUCGAAGUUCGCCAUUUCCGUGGGCACGUUGGACUAAGGAACGGUUUUUAUUUCGUGGUUUGAGAGAGGUCGUGUCCGUGAGUUUGUUAAGGUUGCCAUAGAGUCUGUAUAUUGUGUCGCGAAGGAGGUAUGAGGAAGAGGAGGAGGAGGACCAGUGCGAGGAAUGAGUGAAGGUUUGAGGAAUUCUGUUUUUCAUUCGUGGAGGCUUGUUAUCGCGAGACACAGGCAGCUUCCUGGUGACGUGCAGCCGCAGAUAGACAGAGAUUAGUCAUUUUCAGUGCGUUUUCCCAUGUCAUGCAGCUGUGAGGUCAGCUGCAUUACACACAAUGCCCAAGCCGCAGAGUUAGCUGGUGGCUCUGAGGGCACAGGUCACUAGGCGCAGCGGGAUGGCCACACCAUUCAGUCAUACCUGGGAGAGCUUCUGGGAUGAACCCUACAGGAAGGAAGUCCCAUCAUGUAUUCGAUAGUAUUACCAGCCCAGUGGAGAAAAAUGUGGAAAUGGUGGAUGCUUGUGGUUGUGGUGGUCCAGGCAUGGAGUGGCAAUUGCCUGGAUUUCGCAGGAGCAGCCUUGUGCAACCGGUCACGACAAGUGUUGACGGAGUCGUGGGGUAUCAUCACGGAUGGGCCCGGGCCAUACCCUGAGGCAUCGCACUGUCAGUGGCUUAUUCGAGCCUCACUUCCUGGCCAGCACAUAACACUCAACAUUACAAGCGUUGAGACAGAGUGCUCAUAUGACCACAUUUAUGUAUACGAUGGCGAGACCUAUGACUCCCCAACACUAGGUGUAUUCUCUGGCAACACCACCCUUCCCCCUCCAGUAACAGCAAGCUCAGGGGCAAUGCUCAUCCUGCUGUACUCAGACCCCAACUAUGCUCUAGAUGGCUUUGUGGCGGAGUAUUAUGUAACAGGUUGCCCUUUGAACUGUUCAUCUCAUGGUACAUGUGAGAACAAUGUCUGUAUCUGUGAUGAGCUGUAUACUGGCAGUGGCUGUGAAUACCAGCACUGCCCAGAAAACUGUGGCAUAGCCUACAACCGUGGGCACUGUUUCAAGCCUCAGCCAACAGCAAGGGAGCCCAAGCCUGCUCCAUACUGUCAGUGUAAUGAGGGCUAUUUUGGUGAUGGCUGUUCUCUUAGCCUUGCUGAUAAUGAAGGAGGAAAUUGGUAUUGGCUGUGGAGAGGUGGGGGACCCUUGAACAGCAGAACGAGCCAUGCCAGUGUUUAUCUGCCACAUCUGGACCGCCUCUUUGUGUAUGGAGGAUACAAUUUAAAUCACAUCUUGGGUGACCUCCUCAUCUAUGACUUUGGAACAAGUGGCUGGGUCAAUGUCAGUGACCCGGCUAGCCAAAGUCGCCUCAGCCGCCGGUUGAAUUCACAACGCACAGUCCGCCUAAAGGGUAUGGUGGAGAACCACAUUGCCAACAGUUCUCUCUUGAAGAACCUGACAUUCUCUGUAAACAGUAACAACACAGUGAGUGUCAAACUCAAAAACCUCCAGAGUGAUAACCCUCGUGUGCGUCGCAUGAUCAGGCCAAGCGAAGAGCUGAACCACACCCCUGCUAGCCACAACUUAAGGGUAGUAAGCCCUGGUGCUAGAUAUGGACAUGCAAUGGAAGUCUAUGACAAGCAUUUUGUUCUUUUUGGAGGAAAGAUGAUUUCAGGUGAAGUGAGCAAUGAACUAUGGCUGUAUAACACAACCCUCGAUGAGUGGCGCCUCCUGAAGGGGCAGGAAGGGGACCCAGCAGACUCCAACCAGCGUGGUAAUGGUCCGCCUGGUCUAAUGUAUGCUACGCUGACCCUGGUUGAUAAUCAGUGGAUUUACUUGUUUGGAGGCAGCUUGGAACAUGGAGAGUUUUCCAACCGAAUGUAUCGCAUCAACUUGGGAGGAGAUAGAGUUUGGGAAAGGGUCAUUGCCAAAGGUGGAAAUGACCUGGAAGCUCGGGUUGUAGGUCACUCAACUGUGUAUCAUAGCCAGUCAAGGUCCUUGCUUGUUUACGGAGGCAUUCGUGUUGAUGUUGCAAGGUUCUCCAAACUCUCCAAUCGGCUCCUGAUCUUUGAUGUUGACAAACUGUACUGGUCGCAAAUCCAAAAUCCCGAGAAAACUGGGCCUCAUGUGCCUUUGGAGAGAGCCUUUCACACUGCAGUAAUUGCAGGAAACUAUAUGGUUGUUUUUGGAGGUUACAUGCACAAACACAAAGAAGAAGAAAAGUGUUUUGAUGAUAAGCUGUACCUAUAUCACCUGGGCUGCCAUGUAUGGGUGUCAGAGCAACUAGCCCCUUCAAGUCACAAAGGAAAUUACCCGAAACUACAAGGUGUUUACGGUCAUAGUGUGUUUCUCCGUGGUGGCAACACUAUGAUUGUGGUCGGAGGGUUUCAUGGCACAGUCAACAAUCAUGUGUUAGCAUAUGUCCUACCCUCAACCCUUGUGCCAGCAGAGGGCAAGGAGUUAGAUAUGGAUGAAGCCUGCAGAAGACAUGAUACCCAGGAAUUCUGCAUAUCCAAUUUGGAGUGUGGCUGGUGCCCAUCAGACUCAACCUGUUACAAGCGGUCAAGAGGAGCUAAUUGCACUAACAAUUUGCAGACUUCUCAGUGUCCUGGAAUCUGCCCAUCUCUGCAUUCAUGCCAGUCCUGUACAAUUCAUGGAAAUCAUUCAUGGGGAAAACCAUGUACAUGGUGUGUCACAACAGGUACUUGCCAUGAACUAGUGGAAACAAGUGGAGUUCAUGGUCGCUGCGGUUCCCGAGAUGACAACCCUUAUGGGCAGGAAGGCUGGUGGGGACCCAAAGGGGAAGCGCUUAAAUCUCCUGAAGAAUGCCGACUGAAGGAUUAUCGGCCAGGGAUUACAUUCCUGAAGUACCGUCAUCCUGUUGAUCUGCUCAGACCAGACUUUAUGGCCAUUUUGAACUCCACAUACCAGGAACUGCAAGACACACAAGACUUUUGGGGUGCAAAGGAAUUACAGGCUGGCGGGAGCACUUUGGUACAGUUCAUUGGUUACAUUCAUCCUCUGGUGAUCCCUGAAGUUAAGGGGAAUAAGGAUCUCGUGGUGUCCGUUAAAGCUUCACAUAUGAAUGCCUCUCUCUGGUUAUCUCAUGAUGAUACUGAAGAGAACUUGGAGUUGGUUGCUACCAUAAAAGCAAAGGCAGAAAAGAGAAAAGCUGAUAGACCAGGAGGAGUGCCUGUCUUUCCAGUACUGACUCGUGGUUAUCGCUAUCUAACAAAGCUCCAGAUGUAUCAGCAGGUGCAGUCAUCAGCUCCUCAGAGUGGAGUCAUGAGUAUAACUUGGAGUGGGCACUCCCCCACUCCUUUGAUUUUAACUAUUGCUUCCCUUGAGCCAUACAAGAAAGGGGGAUUAUCUUGUAGUGCUCAUGAUACUUGCAUAGCCUGCCUCUCAGAUGCUGCUUGUGGGUGGUGCAGUCGGGCAUCCUUUUGCAUUGCAAGGAAUGACUCUCACUUGAAAUGUGAAGAAUAUAUUGUUCCCGUUCCAUCUCAUAACAGCCACUUCCUUACCCUUGUACCUGAGCAGUGUAUUACAUGUAAGCAACACAUUUAUUGCGAUGACUGUGUAAGAUCUAAGCAAUGUGAGUGGCUGCCAGACCAGGCUCACUGUGCAAGAAAGGGGCGGUUCCCAGGAGCCAUCACUGAUGAAGGGAAGUGUCCUGCACCAUGUCACAAGAGGAAGACUUGUGCCUCUUGCCUAGGUGAUCCAGGGCGGUGUGCAUGGUGCCAGGAAACAAAGGAAUGUUUUCUCUUCUCUGUCUAUACCUCUGUAUACCAGUAUGGGUCAUGUCGUGUCUGGCUGGAUGAAGAUCAUACUAAUGUAACCUCAUCUUUACGCUCUACUGUCUCCAGCCAUGCAGAUGAUACAGAAGCCAUUGGCACAACAUUGCCAUAUUUAUCAACUAGUACCCCCUUGCAAACCACAACUUUAGGGAUGACAAUUGAUUCAUCCGAAUGCCACAUAUGUGAGAGCUUGCAAGGGUGCGAUGCCUGCUUAGAGUCCCUUGGCUGCGGUUGGUGCUACAAUGUGUUUAAUCCCACCAUUGGGAUUUGCACAGCAGGGGACUUCUCCAAGCCAAAUAGAGAGAACUGCAACAUCCUUGUUGAGCCUUACCUCCAGGCAGCACAGGAAAAUUCUUCCAUUGUAGUUGAUGUCCAGUCUUCUGCUAGCAACUGGUCCUUUGCCUCAUGCCCCGACAUAGAUGAAUGCAAACUCAACCUCCACAAUUGUCACACAAAUGCCACGUGUACAAAUACCCACCCGGGAUACAACUGUACUUGUAAUAGGGGAUUCCGUGGGAAUGGGCGGGAUAAGUGUGAGAGGUCAUGCUUUGAAACCUGUGUCCAUGGUUAUUGCUCUGGACCCCCAAACUAUGAGUGCAUCUGUCACCUAGGAUGGACGGGGCCAGACUGUGCCACAAACUGUGGAUGCAAUAAUCAUUCCACAUGCAGUAGUGGGGUGGGAGUUUGUGACCAGUGCCAGGACUGGACAAGUGGAGAGUUUUGCCAUGUGUGCCAACCUGGGAGUUUUGGCAAUGCAACCACCAUUGGAUGUCACAAGUGUAACUGUAACGACCAUUUUGAUGAAUCUCGAGGGCGUUGCAACCAGACAACCGGGCAGUGUUACUGUAUUGACAACACCCACGGCCACAACUGCCAGAAAUGUCAGCCAGGUUUUUUCGGUGAUCCACGAAAUGGGGGAAAAUGCUAUCAUGAGUGCAAUGCAAGAAAUAUCCUCUAUAAUGCAGAGAGAGGAAAUUUAGGGGCACAGACUACUGGCAUAGAUGUUGGAGCAACUUGCAUGUGGAUAAUAACUCCCUAUGACUCUUUGGAACCUCUAACAUCAAUUGUCCCUGGGAAAUAUGUUAUCCAGAUAACCAUCAAGGAAAUCAACAUUCACUGUCGCAAAGGGAUGCUUUACAUCUAUGAUGGCCUCCCAGAUUUUGUGUCACAGCACUCACGCUGGGACCGCCAGAAUCACAUUGUGGGAGCAUUUUGUGCCAAAGAGGCCUCAUACCCUGUCACUGUCCAGGCCACCUCAGGCUUCAUGACUGUUUUCUAUGAAAAGAGUGAUCCUGAACAAGGCUUCAAUGCGAGUUAUGAGGUCCUACAGUGUGUCAGCAACAUUGGUAAAAAUCGUGUGUGCAUCAAUAACAAGCCUGUGUGUAAGGAUCGGUGGUCAGGAGUGCAUUGUGAUGUGCCUAUAUGUCCCAGCAAGUGCUCUGAGGAUGAAGGAAAAGGAACCUGUGACCCAGUGUACGGGCGUUGUAAGUGUGCGGAGGAGUUUAUAGGAGAGGACUGUAGCAUUGUCCGUCGGAAUCAUCAGGUUGUGGUCACAGAACUCUUCGUCCCAGAGAACGUUGCACCAUCACAUUCCCAUCUGACAAAAGUGCUGCCGCGUAUGGGUCAUUCCAUGGUUGUGGAUCACCAUUACUCCCUCUGGAUAUUUGCAGGUUACUCAUUAUCUCGUGGACCGCUGAAUGACAUCCAGCAGUUUGAUACCCUGAACAAAACCUGGGUGCAGGUGACUGUAAACGUGCAGGAAGGACAGCCUCCACCAAGCCGUUAUUUCCAUGCUGCUGCUUAUGUGGUGACCCAGCGGGAAAUGUAUGUAUAUGGUGGAUUGAAUGAGUCUGAGUUCUUGGAUGACUUCUGGAGGUUUAACAUCGUAACUGAGAGCUGGAAGAAACUACACACCCAUCCAAAGUUGCCAGCCUUAGCAGGACACACACUGACCUAUCACAGUGAUGCUGAAUCUCAGUCAUUGGUUUUGAUUGGAGGUGCCUCCUCAGUUUUUGGGUUCUUGGAUGAGGUAUGGGAGUAUGACUUGCGAAAUGAGGAGUGGAAGAUGGUUGAAACUAGGGGUGCCAAGCCAUUUGGCUUGUAUGGCCAUAGCACUGUGUACCAUGAGAGCACCAAGACAUUUUAUGUACAUGGGGGACAGUCAUUCAAAGUAGAUGUAGUUGACCACUCCUCUGACUUAUAUGCACUUGACUACAACCGCAAGAAAUGGUCAGUUCUCCCAACAGAUCAUAAGAUAAAUCACAAUCCAGCUUCACGUCCAGCUCCAAGAACAUUCCAUUCAGCUGUCACCACAGAAGACUACAUGGUCAUCAUUGGGGGUCUUAUUACUGAUCCUUUGGAUUCAAACCAAGGACUGAUGGUUUAUUCAUAUAAAUGCAAUAUGUGGAUUCCUCUCAACAAUAGAUUUAAUACAUUGGUUGGACAUGAAAUCAUACCUCACAUAGGAAAUAGUGCUGCAAUACAUGGUUCUAGUAUAUAUGUUUUUGGUGGCUACUAUGGAACUCCUCAGGGCUCAGUUAUUGAGAUUGUAAUUCCACCAGACCUCUGCACACUGAAUACCAAUGAGACCCAGUGCCGUGACAGGAUUGGUUGUGCCAACUGUGUUGUGUAUGAGAGCACACGAACAAAUACUUCAUACUGCUAUUCGAAUACCAAGGAAGAGCCGGACACUUGUCAGAGUCCUCGUGGUGGAAAAAGCAGUGUAGUAGGUGUACGAUGUGACAAGCAGCUCCUUGAAGAUCAUGACUGCUACCAACACACAUCUUGCACAGAAUGCUUGGCAGAGUGGCCAGCCCAUCCAAACUCAGAGCAACGUUGCCAAUGGUGCUUUAACUGUUCCAAAGGGAAAUGUAUACCCCGUGAUAAUGAUUGCUCAAAGGAAAAUCUUUGUGAUCAACAGUCUAGAGAUGAUCCAGGACAUGGAAUGUUUAUCACUGAUUCAGAUGAGUGCUAUAAGAAUGCGUGUGUUACCACAGAUUGUGACAAGUGCCAAAACCUGCGAAGUGAGUGUAUAUGGACAAGACAGGUAAUGCAGACCUCCGAACUUGGUUAUCAACUCCAUGUUAUGCCAAUAUAUAACUGGAAUUGUGUUAAAGAAACAAUCAAGAGGCACAUGUCUUAUCCAUUAGAAUCAGCACCACCUCGUCAAUGUCCUCUUCGAUGCCAUGGACAGAGGACUUGCAGUAACUGCCUCAAUGCCAAAGGUGCUGAAGGAGGGUGGCAGGAAUGUCAUUGGUCUCCUUCUCUUCAACAAUGUUUCUCCCCAAGCUAUGUUGCACUGAGGUGUGUUGGUGGUGCAUGUGGUGUCAUCCUCACUGGGGGAGCAGAACAGUGUCCACAGCCAUGCGAAGAAUUUACUCAGUGUGCACAUUGUCUUGCUAAUCCACAUUGUGGCUGGUGUGCACAAGAUACACCAAUGGGAGGUUCAGGAAUUUGUACCGAGGGCCUGUUGGAAGGACCUUAUAAUGGCACAUGUGAGGAUCACAUUGCUAUACUUGCCCAAACCAACACCUCUGUGACAACCCUCCAUCGUCUUCGCCACAACACCAGACGAUUAUCAGACUCUGACAGAGGGUUAAUAUCAGCAGUGUCUUGGCAUUACGAUGACUGUCCUCCAGAAGAUGAAUGCAGGAAUGGACAUCAUACAUGCGAUAGGAAGAGUCAACUGUGUACUGAUCGCCUUGAAGGUUAUGAGUGUAUCUGUGCUCCAGGCUAUAACAUGACAAAAGAUGGAAACUGCAGUCCUGUAUGUUCCCAGGGAUGUGUAUCUGGAACUUGCAUUGAACCAAACAAUUGCUCGUGCCAUUUUGGUUUUGUUGGUGCAAACUGCUCUAUAAAAUGUCAUUGCAAUGGUCACUCAGACUGUGCAGGAACUGAUCAGUUAGACAAAUGUUUAAAGUGUCAUAAUAACACAAUGGGUGCCCAGUGUGACAAGUGUAAACCAUUUUUUGUAGGAGAUCCAAGCAAUGGAGGUAGUUGUGUCAGCUGCUAUAACUACUGUAAUACUCACACUAAUAGUUGUAUUUCUCGUGAUCUUCUCUUCAAGGCGAACAUAUCUGUUUUGGAACCUCCACCUGAUAUUUUCAUGGUCUUAAAUGUAACAGAAGGAGCCAGAACGGAGGCAGUGUGUUUGAACUGUAAGGGCAAUACCACCGGGUCAAAAUGUGAAGGGUGUCUCUCUGGGUAUUUUAGGGGGAAACAAGAUUUAAGUAGCUCAUGCAGGCCUUGUCAGUGUAAUGGUCAUGGCACGAAGUGUGACCAAGUAUGGGGAAACAAGUGUAAUUGUGGGAACAAUACAGAUACACAGUGCAGCUCCAAAACUAGAGGAGGAAAUGCAGAUAAAGAUGAGGAGAAAUCUUGCUGGCAACAGCAGUGUUCCAAGUGUAAAGAGACUUACCUAGGGAACCCUAGCAAUGGUCACCAGUGUUUUAUGCAAAUGAGUGUUGAGAAGGAAUACUGCCUGGACCCAUAUGUACAGAAUGAAUGUAGGAAUGAACCGAGUUCAUUGAGUCAAGGCCAGACUGUUUUCUUUGCGGUUCAACCCAAGUUUAUGAAUGUGGAUAUCAGACUGAUCAUUGAUGUGACCAAAGGGGGUGCUGAUGUGUAUUUCAGUUCAAGAGAUGACACCUUUGUUGUUACAGUUAACCAGACGACAGGGAAGCAUCAAGUGGAUAUUGACAGCAACUACCCAAUUGCAGAGGAAGAAGCACCUGUCAUGUACACUGCACCUUUGAAGCGCAACUACAUUGGCACUGGCUUUGAUUUCUUUGAAUUAGGUGGAAUUUCACUGAAUCCUAAGAAGGAAAUGGUUGUGAAUAAGACUCAGCGAACCAUCACAGAGUACCAUCUCCUGGAGAAGACUGCAGAAGGGCUCAAGACAUUUGCAACUGUCUCAAGAUCUAGUGAUAUUUUGAUAGUAAGAAAUGUCAGCAAUAGACUAGUCAUAACUCUUCCACAGCUCCAGCAUGAUUUGAGGUCAGCAAAAUUCUAUGUUAUUGUGUAUGGGAUUGGAAAUGAGAAUGAGGUUGACACUUAUGGAUCAAUUUUCUUUAGACAGGAUCAGCCACGGAUUGACUUGUUUGUAUUCUUCUCUGUAUUUUUCUCUUGCUUCUUCCUCUUUCUUGCUGUCUGUGUUGUUGUAUGGAAGAUCAAGCAGGGAGUAGAUUUACGAAGAGCAAGAAGACGUCAUGUGGUGGAAAUGCUGCACAUGGCCAAGCGACCAUUUGCUGCCACUACUCUAGUCCUGCAUGCUGAUGAUGAGUUCCACCAGGAUGUGCCUGACAUUGCGCCAGACCCUACACCUUGGUCACCAGGCCGAAGGAAGCGAGCUGCCAAGAAGGAACGCUAUGGAGAUGGCUUUGAUGUGGGGCCUCUCGCAGUGGAGCCAACUGAUGAUGGUGUGGCGGCAGUGCUGACAGUGAUGGUGCAGUUGCCUGGCGGAGGGAUCGGGAGUGCAACAGGGAACGAGGAUGGGCCAACACAUCGUUUGGCGCUGGGCUCAUCUCUCUGCCUGAUGGCACGCAUCUAUCCACCUGCUUCUAGGCCGUUUCACCUCAGACGCAGGACAUCACACAUGGCAGCUUGAACCAUCGAGAGUUUAGUCAUUCCUAAUUCUUUGCCAGAACUAUCAGUUACAUAAUGUUUAAGCUUUAACCAGUGAUAAAGAAAUUUAUCUUGUGCUGUGUUUUCAGUACUGUAAUAACACAAAAAAGGUAUAUGAUAGGUAGCUAGUUUACUUUCUUUUUCUCUUUUUUUUUAUAGAACAGUCUUUUUGAAGCAUAUUUUUGUUUCUCCAGUUAGGACAUGCUCAUAAAUGCAUAUCACAAAAAAAGAAAAAGGUGUAAGCUGUGAAAAGAUACGGAUCAAGUACAUAAUUGGAUUUUAUAUAUUAAGGAAAGCAUGUAUUCUAAAUAUUGACAAUUGAACUGAUGCAAUCCAUUACUGAGAGGUAUGAAUAAUUUCAUAGUGGAUUGAGAUUGUUGUAAUUUGCUGUGAUAUUAUUGUCUAAUCUCAUACAUUUAGUAUUAAGAUAAAGAAAAGUAGAUAAGAUACAUGAUACUCUUUAUCAUUCUCAAAAAAUUAUGUUGACUCAAAUGGUAAUCUCAUGGAUAGGCUUGGUGUCUAUUAUAGAUGAUAAGUGCACUUUAAAAAUGAAAACAGUUAUGACAAAUUGCACUCAUGAAAUAAUACUUAAGCUGAAAUUUAUGCCUGUGGGUUGGCUGUCAAGGUUUAUUUAUGAACUUGGCACAUUAUCACAUUAUUAGGAAGUUGAUUUUGUAGACUUUGGCUUAUUUGUUAUAUUCAUUAUAUUAAUCACUUAAUUAAUCAGGUCACAUUUUCACCAGUUGCUCAGCUAUAUUUUGAAUUUUAUUUUGCAGAAUCAGAAAACACUAUAGAAAAUUUUUAUAUUACAAGAAAAUAGUCUUCAUAAUUUGUUUGCUCUAUGUAUUGUUGUGUUCUGUAGUAGCAGAUGUGUGUUGUAGUUCCAAGGCUCAAUUAAAAAGGCUUAGCAUACUACAAUUAAUUUCAUUGGGGUGGGAGAAAUGUUGAAUGCUUUCUCAUGUUCUUUUUGAAACGAAUGCUCUUUUUCUUGGGGGGAAAACAAAAACAAAAUGCUUGCCAAUAUAGUGUUGAUUAAAAAAAACAGUGGGAGUGCUUGCUUUGGAAAAAAGGGGUAAAUUCUGUGAACACUACUGACAACUAAAAUUCCAUGCAUUCAACCCUCCUUUUGGAUGUUAGCACAGGUACGGUAAUGAUGAUGGGUAGUUUACUUACUUUUGUGGUGCUGUAAUGAUUGAUGAAAAAAGGUGUAAGUACAUUAUUAGUUUCUUAAGUAAAAAAAAAAGCAAUGGUAAUGCAAAGUAAAACAAUUGAAUCUCAGUAUAUUGCCCUCCAGUCAUGCAGGAUAUUUGUAUUACACUGUAAUUUUAUGUCAACAAUUUGUAUUCUUAUUGUAAAUGAAUUCAGGAGAAAGAACAAAACAUGGAGAAUCCUGUGUUUGAAGAUUGUAAAGGGUAAACUAGGAAGUUUUGAUAAAUAAAUUUCAGAAUACCAAAUGUGUCAGUAAUAAUGAUGAAUGAAGCAAUACUCCGACACUCAACUAUUACCUGGUAUUUCUACUUAACAGUUAAUAAGUAAGGUCCUACUGCUGCAGCAGUGAUGUAAUUUUAUAUUGUGUGCCAUUUACAAGUAGAAUUUUGCUGUACAUAGCUGUAUUCCUCCCUUUGCAAAGUGUAUUACAGACUUAAAGAUAGCAGAUGAAGAAAAAUAUAUAUACAGUAUAUAUAGAUAUAAAGGGUAGUGUAUUACAAUUUGAUUUACAAAUAUUUAGGAGAUUGCUAGCAUAAGGAAAACUUAGCAAAUUCUAAGACAAAUCAGUUGCUCUGUAUUUAAUACUUACUGUUGCUCCCAUCCUGAUAUAUGUUUAGUCUAAUGCCAUUCAUUUUAGAAAUGUACCUUUAAGGUAGUUGUUAUUGCAUUACCGCAAUUUCACUACUAUGUCACAAUCACGUUAGUUCAUUUAUUACGCUUGAAUGUAUAAAACUAUCAUACAUCCCUUCAUCUCUACUCACUCAACUCUUUAGCCUAGUCUCUCUCUCCAUCAUCUUUUCUUUCUCUUUCUCUUUCUCCUCUUCUCUUCUCCCUCUUUUUCUCUCACCCUGUAUCUUUCUCACCCCCCCUCCCUCUCUCUCUCUCUCUCUC